AUGGCGCAGCCCAACCAAACAUCGGAAGAAGCAACAAGAGACAACAUAGUACGUCCCGAUCCUCCACUAUUACGCAGUCCGUUCGUUGACCCGAGGCGCACAGGUAUCAUGGGAUGGACCAGAUGAUCAAGCGAAUCCAAAGAACUGGUCUUUCAAACGACGUUGGCUUGCGACGGGACUCGUCUCUCUCAUUACAUUCAUGACGCCGCUCACAUCGUCAAUGAUUGCACCAGCACAAACACAGAUUGGCGACGACUUGGGCGUGCAUUCGACCUUCCAGCUCCAGCUCAUCUUCUCCAUCUUCCUGCUCGCCUUCAUUUUUGGACCGCUCUUUGUAGCACCGCUGAGCGAAGUGUACGGGAGAGUCAUCGUGCUGCAACUGAGCAACAUCUUCUUCCUGGUUUGGAAUCUGGUAUGUGGAUUCGCGCAAACCGAAGGACAGAUGCUCGCUUUUCGGUUCUUGAGCGGGCUGGGGGCUUGUACGCCACAGACAGUCGGUGGAGGAGUCCUCUCUGAUCUUUGGAGGAGCGAAGAGCGAGGAACGGCUGUUGCUCUGUACACAUUGGCGCCCAUCCUGGGGCCUUCUUUGGGACCUAUUAUUGGAGCGUGGAUUGCAGAGAGGACGACAUGGAGAUGGUGUUUCUGGGCCGUUACGAUUUUUGGAGUUGUGGUUCAGGUUCUGAUCUACUUUACACUGCCGGAAACGUAUGGACCAAGGAUUCUUUACUGGAAGGCCGAGAAGCUGCGAAAGGAGACUGGCAACCAAAGGCUGCGUACACAAUUCGAGUUGGAAGAUCGGAGAUGGUCUACGAUUAUGGCCCAUGCCAUUGUUCGACCGUUCCGAUUGUUGUUUACACAGCCGAUCAUCCAGUUCCUUGCGGCUUACCUCUCGCUGGUGUAUGGGAUCAUCUAUCUCAUGCUGUCCACCUUUCCAACUGUCUGGACCGACAUCUAUCACGAAAGCACCGGAAUCGGCGGCCUGAACUACCUCUCUCUCGCCAUUGGCAUGACUCUUGGUGCACAGAGUGGCGGCCGCAUCGUCGAUCUCACCUACAAACGCCUCUCUGCCCGUGCGCCCAACAAGAAAGGGCGUCCGGAGUUCCGCAUUCCCAUCCUCUUCGUAUCGACUGCUUUGAUCAGUGGCGGUCUCUUCAUGUAUGGCUGGUCCGCGCAGGAGCGCACACAUUGGAUCGUCCCCAACAUUGGAGCGGCGAUCUUCGGAAUGGGAACUACAAUCUCCUUCACGAGUCUGCAGACUUACACGAUUGACGCUUACACCGUCUACGCAGCUUCCGCGAUAGGGACAACGGCUGUUACGAGAAGUUGUACAGGCUUUGGAUUCCCGCUCUUUGCUCCGGCAAUGUAUAAUAGUCUAGGAUGGGGAUGGGGAAAUUCGGUUCUAGGAUUUGCAGCUCUAGGCGUUGGGUAUCUGGGCGCCUUUGUGCUUUGGUUCUUUGGAGAGAGAUUGAGGGCUGCUAGUCCUUUUGCUGCGAAUCCCGAGGAGAAGGAUGAUGGGAAUGAGGAGCGAAUUGAGAAGGACAAGGAGGAUCUCGAGAAGGGAACGAAGGACAAUGAUCAGUCUGCGCUGCAGGACAUGGAAUCCGGGUCACAGAAAGAUCCUGAUGAGCAUGGGGAGAAGGACACGAAGGGAGAUCUGGAAGAACAACCUUCUUCGUAG